UUGAAUAAGGUAUGCAAUGCAUAUUAAAUGAACAUAGAUUUGUUUCUUAUAUAUGGAUGAUUCUAAAACAAAAAGAAAUAAGGAAUAAAAAUUUUCAUUCUUCGAUAUAAGCUAUUCGAAUAGGCAUCUCUUCGAAGCUUCCCUUGGACAGCUGUUUGCAAGCAUAGCAAUUAAAUCUUUGUUUAUAGAUUUUGAAGAACCAAUUUGCAUAUCAGAUACCUGCCUGCAAAUCCAUCCACUGAAGAACUCUUUUGAUAAAGAACCUGCAAAGAUGGAGCACAAGAAAACAACAAGCACGAAAAGAAGCAAUUUUGCAUGUAGGAUUCAUGAACAUGUAAAAUUGGGUACUAAACUGUCCGAGACUCUGAAGGGUAAGUUAAGUUUGGGCGCAAGGAUUAUACAAGAAGGUGGGAGAGGGAACAUUUUCAAGCAUAUUUUUGGGAUGCAAGAAGGAGAGCAACUCUUGAAGGCUUCACAAUGCUAUUUAUACACGACAGCUGGUCCUAUUGCUGGAGUUCUAUUUAUUUCCAAUAAAAAGGUUGCAUUUUGCAGUGAAAGGCCUAUAACCUUCCCUUCUGCAACUGGAGAGUUGCUCAGUGUACCUUAUAAGGUUUUGAUACCAAUAGAGAAGAUAAAAGAAGUCAAUGAAGGACAGAAUGUGAACAGGACAGAACAGAAGUACGUAGAAAUAGUUACUCAGGAUGAUUCUGAAUUUUGGUUUAUGGGGUUUUUACGGUAUGAGAAAGCUUUCAGGAAUCUUCAAAAAGCCAUUUCCAUGUCCAUUUAACUCCAAAAAUAGAUGAUUGAACAUUGUUUCUCUGAUGUUUGACACAUACUUAGUUGUUUGACAGAAGGGGAAGUUCUGUUAUGUACAGUUGUUUUUGUCUGUACUCAUUGUUUACUGGGGGUGAAUGCAAUAACACUCAAGUUUAUAGUUGUUGCUUCAUCCCUUAUCCCUUGGUGAUGAA